AUGGAAACCAUAAAGAAUAGCAUUCCGUACAAGCUGGUGUCGUGGGAUCUGCUCCCAAACUCCAACGUAUUCCACAUCCCUAGCAUCUCCAGCACCCCGAUCAAGGGGUUCCCUUUCCAGCUGGAUAGCAAGCUGAUUUCCGAGCAGUUUUUCCCCUUGUCUCUGCAUUACCUCACGCCGGUGUCAGUGGCGUUUGUGUACUUCAUCACGGUGCACGCAAUCAACAAGGUUGUGGCGAGAAGACAGGAGCAGCUGUUUCUGUCAAAGAACCCGAACAAAGCCGUUCCUAAAAGACUACCUGCUGCUCCGUACCCAAUUGCCCAAUGGAAAAGCUUUAAGGUGUUUGUGUUUUUGCACAACGUUGCUCUGUGUGCCUACUCGGUCUGGUCGCUAGUGGGGAUGACCUGGACGAUCUAUGUCUCGUCUCACGAACUGAUCCCUAAUUUGAUUGGCAGAUACUACUCGCUCUCUAGCAAACUGUCUCCUGUUGAUCUGUUUUGGCAGAGCGUUUGUGACAUCGACCAUGGAAUCUGGUACAACCAGGGCGACUCGCUCAAAGGUCUGUCGUUCUACUCGUAUCUGUUCUAUCUGUCGAAAUACUACGAGAUCGUCGAUACUGUGAUCAUCCUGCUCAAGGGAAGACAGGCCUCGCUUUUGCAGAGCUACCACCAUUCCGGGGCCAUUUUGUCGAUGUGGGCCGGUACGCGGUUUGCCUCGCCGCCAAUCUGGAUUUUUGUGGUGUUCAACUCGUUCAUCCACUCCAUCAUGUAUUUCUACUUCAGUCUGUCGUGUCUUGGUGUCAGACUGGGCAAGUUCUUCAAGCAAACGCUCACCACGUUGCAAAUUUGCCAGUUUGUGUUCGGUGGCUCAUUGGCCGUUGUCCACUUGUUUGUGCAGUACUUUGACGUGUUAAGCGGCUCCUACAAGAGCUGUAUCUCCACCAGCGAGGAAGCUCUUGCUAUUUUCAUCAAUGUGUUCUAUCUGACGCCAUUGACCGUUCUGUUUGCUGCUUUUUACAUCGACAGUUACAAGCGCAAAGAUAAAGUCAAAACUCAGUGA